CCGCCGGGGGGCGCUCGCGGCAGAGGCUGCACGUGGCGUUGGAGGCGUCCUCGGCCGCCCCCGGGAGGCCUGCCUGGGCCCGCAGCCAUGGAGGUCAGGAAGCGAAAGAAGUUGAAGAGCUCCGUUCGAUUUCAGAAACGCGCCAUCCGAGCUGUGGGGAAGUGGAAGCCAGUCGACAUCGAUCCCAGUUUGUUUGGUGACGAGCAGCUUGAAAGUCUGGUCUGUUUUGAGGAACUUACAGAUUACGAAUUGGUAAGCAGCUCGAAGCUUUCUGAAAAGGAAAAAAAAGCCCAGAAGAGGAAAUCAGAUGCGUCUUCUGCCGAGGCGAAGGAGGACGAAGAACCCAGACCCCAGAAGAAGAAGAAGAAGAGAAGGAACCCCAAAGAUGAGGGAACUAAGGCAGCUGAAAUUUCUUCAGGGGAAGAUGAAGAAUUUCAGGUCUUCCAAGAAGUUGAGCAGCAAGAUGUGGUCAACGUUGAGGAAGAGGACAGGACAGAUGAAACAGGGGGAGCGGGAAGGCCCAGGGCCUUGAAAGCGCCGAAGGGAAAGAAAAAGAUGAAAGAGAAAAGGAAAACACAGACUCCUCCGGGAGCCCCUCCGACCUCUGGAGUGCCUGGAAAGGGAAAGAAUUGGACGACACGGGCGUUAUCUGGAUCGGCUGAUGGGAAGACAGACGUGUCUGCCUGGAAGGGCCUGUUUGUCCCAAAGCCUGUUCUCCGAGCGCUGAGCUCCUUGGGGUUCGAAGCUCCCACUCCCAUCCAGGCCCUGACCUUGACGCCUGCAAUCCGAGACAACCUGGACAUCCUCGGGGCUGCGGAAACAGGGAGUGGGAAAACCCUCGCCUUUGCUAUUCCGAUGAUCCACUCGGUGCUGCAGUGGCGGAAGGAAAAUGAUACGAAAGCUUCGGACGGGAACGGACCCGGUUGCCAAGACGCCAGCUGGGACCCAGCCCUCGACUCGGACGCCGAGGGGGACGGGAGCAACGGAGACCAGUCUGGCCCUGUAGGCAGCCAGACUGAACCCCGAGAUCCCAAGUCAGAGCUUGGCGAUGGUGCCGGGGCCGCCCCUGGUGCCAAGAAAGCGAGGUUUUUGCUGGGGCUGGUCCUGACUCCCACCAGAGAAUUGGCCGUCCAAGUCAAAAACCACAUCGAUGCCGUGGCCCGCUUCACAGGAAUCAAGACCGUUCUAUUAGUGGGGGGAAUGGCUGCUCAGAAACAGCAGCGGGUUUUGAAUCUUCGGCCGGAAAUUGUGAUCGCUACCCCGGGGCGCCUGUGGGAACUCAUUCAGGAGAAGCAUCCCCAUCUGUCUAACCUGCGGCGGCUCAGGUGCCUGGUGAUUGACGAAGCGGACAGGAUGGUGGAGAAGGGACACUUUGCCGAACUCUCCCAGCUGCUGGAGAUGUUGAACGACUCCCAGUACAAUCCGCGGAGGCAGACGUUCGUGUUUUCGGCCACCCUGACCCUGGUUCACGAGGUCCCCGCCCGAGUCUUUCAGAAGAAGAAGAACGCCCACAAACUUGAUACAAAGACCAAGCUAGACCAACUGGUGCAGAAGAUCGGCAUGCGGGGCAAGCCCAAGGUGGUAGACCUGACACGCAAAGAGGCCACCGUAGAGGCCCUGACGGAAACGAGGAUCCACUGUGAGGCCGAAGAGAAGGACUUCUACCUCUAUUAUUUCCUGCUCCGGUAUCUGGGGAGGACCAUGGUCUUCGCCAACAGCAUCGACUGCAUCAAACGCCUGACUGCCCUCCUUACCAUCCUGGAGCUGGAUCCCCUUCCUUUGCACGCCAAUAUGCACCAGAAGCAGAGGUUGAAAAACCUGGAGCGGUUCGCCGAAAGAGAAGCUUGCGUUCUCUUGACCACCGACGUUGCCGCCCGGGGCUUGGACAUUCCCAACAUUCAGCACGUCAUCCAUUAUCAGGUUCCCCGCACUUCGGAGAUCUAUGUCCACCGAAGCGGCCGGACGGCCCGCGCCGCCAAAGAGGGCCUCAGCCUGUUGCUCAUCGGCCCGAAUGACAUGCUCAAUUUCAGGAAGAUUUAUAAGACCUUGCAGAAGGAUGAGGAGAUCCCGUUUUUCCCAGUUGAGACCAAAUGCAUGGCGGUCAUUAAGGAGAGAGUGAAUGUUGCAAGAAAGAUAGAGAAGGAGGAGUAUUACAAUAGCAGAGCCAAGCAACAUAAUUCUUGGUGCCAGCAAGUGGCAGAAGCUUUGGAAGUAGAUCUCAGCGAGGACAUAUUGAUGGGAGGAAAAUCUAAUGAGCAAGAAGAGAGUCAGAAACAAAGGAUGAUGAAGGGCAUGAAGAAACACCUGAAACACUUGCUCUCCCAACCAGUAUUUAGAAAUCUCAUAAAGACCAAGUAUCCUACCCAGUCUGGAAAGCUGGUCCUGCCCACUUGGACCCUCAGCGGCAAGGAAUCUGCUUUGGGCACCCUCUCUAAACAAAAGAAGAGGAAGAAGAAGAAAGGAAAUUAACUUUAUAUGGUUUGAGUCUUGUGGCUGACAACAUGGUGGUCUUGGCCUCCUGCUUUUCCCAUGAGCUAUUCCUGCCCCUUGGUAGGUUGCGGGGUAGGGGAGGGGAGGAGAUGGAGAACUGGAAUAAAAAUUAAGAUAAUG